CAGGUGGCAGCACUACUUCCGUUUUUUCGAUAACGGAAGCUGUAGUGCUGCCCCCACAGUUUCUUUUAGGCUGAGUUUCUGCGGCAAGCACGUUUUCAGAACGUCAAGCCACGAUGCAGAUCUUCGUGAAGACCCUUACGGGUAAAACCAUCACCCUCGAAGUAGAGGCGUCAGAUACCAUCGAAAAUGUGAAAGCGAAGAUCCAGGACAAGGAGGGAAUUCCUCCAGAUCAGCAGCGUCUGAUUUUUGCCGGAAAACAAUUAGAGGAUGGUCGCACUCUUUCUGAUUACAACAUUCAGAAAGAAUCCACUUUGCAUCUUGUGCUCAGACUUCGAGGAGGUGUCAUUGAGCCUACACUUCGUAUUCUUGCCCAGAAAUACAACUGUGACAAGAUGAUUUGCAGAAAGUGUUACGCUCGCUUGCAUCCACGUGCUACCAACUGUCGUAAAAAGAAGUGUGGCCACACAAAUAAUAUUCGUCCCAAAAAGAAGCUGAAGUAGACAGUAUACCACAGAGCUCUGCUUGCAUAUUUGGCAAGUUUAUGUACCUCAUAAAAAUAUUUGAAUAAAAAACGUAUAAAAAAUCGA